AUGAGUUUGGAAUGUUUGACAUGGAGAGGUUUGUCAAGGAGCUUGGAUAUGAGCUUCCUUUUGGUUUUUGGUUCACACCAAAAGGUAAAGAGUGUGCUUGAGUUGAUCAAAGACAUGGAGGGUAGCUGUGGCUAUAGUGCUAAAGCAGAUGAUUAUGUCAUGGAUAAGAGGGAGUUUGAAAGGGUCAUAAAUGGUUAUGAGGAUGUAGAAGGAGAAGAGGGUGAUGGUGAAGAGGAAUUUGUUAUGCAUAUGCUUGAUGAUUGGGGGGAAAGUGAUUACAAGAAUGAUGAGUAUGAUUAUGAAAGUGUAGAUGAUGAUGAGGACAAUGAAGAUGUUGACAGUGAUGAGGAUGAAGAAGAUGUGUUCAUUCUGGAACGUGAGGAACGAAAACAAUUCAGAGAUGGGUCGGAUUUGGCCAGAUAUGAUUAUGACUUGGGUGACAUUACCCAAGUUGAAGCGGAGAUGGCCGAAGCAUCCCAGCCACACCCUGACAGCACAACUAAGGGUGCAACCAACUUUGUAUGGGAAAAGAAAGUCAAGUGUUAA